GGGGGAGUGUGUGUGUGGGAGUGCGCGGUCCAUCACAAGCACAGCUCAGUUCUGACUCUCUUCAAUGAAAGUUAGGACUGUAUUGAUCAUUUGCUCUAAAGUUCAAACUCUCUGUAGCUGCAUACUGAGACUUUGCUUGAGAGAGAGGCUUUGCACUGUGAUAACUUUUGUGCAAGCAACAACAGAUAAAAUAUAAAACAGGGUUUUCUUUGAUGAUCAGUGAUGACUGCGACAUGAUGGGACUGCUGGAAGUUUUUGUGUUAGCAGCUGUGUUCAACUGCAUUUCUGCCUCGACAGAAGUCUGCACCAACUCCCUUCUACCAGGAGCGAAAGGUAACGGAAGCACAAGAACUGCUGAACAUUUUGUUAUGUUAACUGCACAUCGAUUAUAGCAAAUUAAAGAGAAUCCAUUUACAUACUUUUACGUAUCUAUUCUGUGGUUUUCUAUGGUCUGAAAAUCUUUCACUGCUUUUAGUGCACACUGCUGGAGUUUUAUGACUUCACUGUAAAUGCAAAUGUGAACAAGCUCUGACGAAGCUUGUGCAAUGUAAAUGUACAGCUACCUACAUAUGUAGCAAUUAAAAAAGCCUAUGUACAAAAAUCUGAGGAAACACCCCCUAAUGUGCAGCAGGGUUUACAGAGCUGAUGAUAAAGGUAGCAGGCAUGUAAUGUCCUGUAGUUUACGAGCCUGCAGUCUGCUACCCCUUACUGUUUGGAGGGGAUGCCUCCCCGUGUGUUUUUUCCAUUUUAUGACAUCCAGUAGCUCGCUCCCCUGUUGAUUCAGACAGACAGACCUAAUAAAAAACACAGUUAAACUAAGCACUAUUUUUUCAACUCCCUACUGAAAAACACUAACUUACAACUACAAGUCAGAGGGAUGUUUGUUCUUUUUGAGUUUUUUAGGUGUAUGUAAUCUUCAAUCCCAUGGUCAUUUUAUAAAAAGUUAUCUACUGCAUUUUAUCGUCAGCGGAUAGCAUGGCUAAAGCUAAGAGGCUGCAGUAACAUCAAAUACCCCAAUAGGAAACCAACAGACGUUUUCUCAGUUUUACUCUAAAUUUUCUAUACAAGUGAGAAAGUCCCGUAGUCAGAGUGUGUAUUUAGACAGCAGCCACUAAACUGAACUGAUUAUUUGUUCAAGACUCAUCCCAAAUUUAACCGACCACAGUGUCAGACUCUGGAUGUGUUUUCUCAUGUCUGCGUGUUUGAGUGGGAGACGGACGUGCAUUUUUCUACGUUUCUUAGCCUGAGAACAAAAAAAACAAAAAAUCCAUUUGUCUUACGUAUGCAAACUUUCCCGACAUUCUUCUAUUGCAUUUACUGGUACUUUGACAUCAACACUUUGAAAUAGAUUUACCAGCAUUUUAGGUUUUUCCUUUAUUGAGAUUUAGGAACACAGGAACAGUCAAAACAUCAGAGUUACUAUUACAUACUAAUAAGUUAAAUCAUUGCAGGACUAUACAAUCGUUGAUUUCUGAGUGGUUAAACAUGUGAGUUAAUUCUGUAAAUGGUGCAGUCUAAAAAGGGAAACACUGUUACGCAGGCAGAAACAUGUGAAACUGCAGUGAUUUAACCGACUUCAAAAUGUCUCCCCAGUCUGAAAAAUUGAAUAAUCACUUUUCCUAAGUACUUCUCCAGGCUAAAUGAGAGGGCUUGUUACAAUCCCUCAUUUCAAAGCACAGUACUUAAAAAGAUAUAAAGUACUGCUGGCAUCAAAAACUGGGACAAAAUUAUAGCUCCAAUAGACACUCUGAUGCCUCUCAAGGUUUGCUGCCAAGAGCUCUACAGCAGCGGACCUACCAGAGAUAUUUCUCCUUCACCUCAUUUGUGCUUUCAACUCUGAAGGCUAUGUUUUGACACUAAUACCUUAAAGGAUCUGGUCUUUAUGAAAACAGUAACACUUAGUUUGGAGUGAAUGAAGUUAUGAUAACAUAGAGUAUGAAAAGUGAAAUCAUGUUCAAGACAAACUGGGUAAAUUCAGAAUUGUCUUUACAUAACAACCAAACUAAUAACUGGAUCUGCUCUGCUCAAAGCACGUGGAUAAUUCACCAAUCAUAGAUGAUGGGCACAGCCUCCUUGACAUAACCCAUUGGUUUGUUCAUUGCCUUUUUGGGGCACCAAGUUGGCAUGAUGCUUUUGGUGAGGCCAGAAAUGACCAUUUUUGGAAGAGAGAAUGGCGUAAUGAGUUGGCAAAUGCCAAGCUAUCAAAGCGAAACAGUCUGUGUCUGUGGCUAAUUUGUUGGUUUUAUUAUUCACUUCAGUGGAAAGUUAGCCAUUGUGUGGAUUUCUAUUUGUGGUGGCUGACCGAGGUUAUUUCACAGAAAAGUUUAGACAAGUGGUGGAAGAUAGUGGACUUUCUGCUCCCUUCACCACACUCCAGCUCCAGGAUAGGGAAAUGACCAGCCUGCUCUCAUUUUGGCAAAAAAAAGGCUAACAACUUUCCUCACUGCUAUGCACUGGCCUCCACAAAAUAUGACAAGUAUUGAGCAAGUUAAGACAGGCCAAGUAGGGUCAUAAUACAACGGGAUUUUUCUGACCAUAAACAAUAGAGCGCUGACUUUUUGAAUGGACGAUUAGAAUAAUAAGCUGCAUGGGAAACCAUAAUAGUUGUCAGAUAUUUACAUGAUACAAUCUCAAAAAGCCCCAGCAGCACAAAAAUACUUGCAAGGUGAGGCUCAGUGACUGUAUUUGCCGAGUUGAUGCCAAAAGAAACAGUUACCAGAACUCAAAUAUCAUUCAGGACACUCUGAAUAUUCAUGGGUAAACAACAAUAACAUAUUAAUGCUAGCAUGCUCUCUACUGAGUGGGGUUUAGCAAGAUUUAACAAACCCUCUUCUUUGGGACUUUUUCUGGGAAACGAUCAUUUUCAUAAAUAGUCAGGGCAAACACGGAACAGACAAAAAAUUCUGUUUGUCAUAUUGAUUUUAAAUCGUUUUAUGUCUUACUGAUUUUUAAUGGUUUUAUUGCCUUUUGUAUGAAUGGUGCUAUACAAAUAAACUUGCGUUGCCUCUUUGCUGUCUUUCCUUUUUAAUCCAGGUGACCAAGGAGAGACUGGGGAGGAGGGAGAUCAGGGAAAACUGGGGAAGAAUGGACCUCCAGGACUUCCAGGUAUCUGACAUCCAUCCAGAGGAGUUAAACAUGUACUCCACUGAGACAGCACUAUAGUUCAUUUUACUCCAUGCGAUCUUAUUCCUUUAAAUAACUUUAAAAAAUACUGCAUAUUCAAUUUAUUUCUAAGUCCAGAAGACCUCUUGUUUUAAAUUUUAGAUUGAUUUUUAUAUUUCAGUUCAUGUAUGUACUGUUCCCCAUGACCUGUGCUUGAUUGAGCUCUCUUUUGUGGUUAGUAUCAUAGUUGAUGUAAAGCAAAGUGGGUUAGUUAUCAGAGUGUGGUUGAACAUGAUUCAGCAGCGCCAACAUUAACAUAACCACAGUGACUCCAGGUCUCUUUAAUGGCAGCACCCACACAGACUGGAUGAAGACGUGAGUCACAGCAGGAUCUGACUUGACAGCCAGUGACAUAAAGCAGUUGUCGGUCGUCAUGUUUAUAGUUGGCAUUGAUUGCAGUUGAGCCACACCAUUCUUUUAUCCUCAUGACAAGUUUGAGUAAUCAACAUUUAGUUUGAAACUUGCUGAGUAACCUGCCAUGCAUUUCCUCGCCAGUUUACUCAAAGGGAAGUUUACAUGUGAAAAAAAAUCUGAUCAACCAUUUUUGAACAUAAGUGCAAAAAUCUAACUUCAUUUGUAAGUAAUCAAAAAACUUAUAACAAAGCUGCAGCAACCUGUGCACAAAAUCACAUCCUACUCUUUGAAGUAGAGAUGUCCCAACCCUGAUCCCAGCCACCAGAUUGGAGCCAAUCUUGGUAAUAAUAUAGGUGGAAUAUACAGUAUGUCCUCUAACUGGAGCGCCAGCCAUGGCUUCAACUUUAUUAUAUGAACAAAUGUGCACAGCCAGUCGAAUUACAAAAACAACAACCACUUAACAGCCCCCUGCGGUAACUCUCCAGUGACAGAUGGCUUAAAGGCAAAAGCAUAAACACAGGACACUCUGAUACAUUAACAUCAGCAACCCUGUGGCAACAAUUUCAGCUGCGUGGAAACAUUUUAAACUUGAGAGAAAAACCAGUCCAUCAGCCACCUGCAUAUGCAAUAUAAUCAUUCAGCAGAGCGGUAGCAGCAGAGCUGUGUUUAGUACUACUUAUUAAAUAUGACAUCUGAAAACUUCACAUGCAACCUAAUACGAAGAGUUUUUUAAGUUAAGCAUCAGAGGUAAAAGCCUGCUGCGUUGAAGUAACCAACUCUGGAUUUAAAAGGAAGGAGGGAGUGAAAAGAUUACAGAAAAGGUGGUUGGUCUCCUCGCUCUAGACCACCAGUUCAUCUCCGUGGUAGAGAAUGCAGGUUUUUGUCAUCUUUUAGAUCUAUAAUAAGUCCUGUCUUCUCAACACUACAUGUCAGACAUCGUAGAGCUGUACAGCAGAGUUAGUGACUUCUGUCAGCUUUACAACAGACGUUUGGAGCGCUGAUAUUUCUCCCAUGUCGCUGCGGUGCUAUGCUGCAAGAUGAACCGAUUCCUACCCUUCAAGAAAAAAAAUGAACAAGGGGAAAAACAAUGGAAGAAAUCCGAGUCAAGUUGGGCGUCUCCAUUGUGAAUCUCACACUGUCAUAUGGGAGGGCAGCAUUGCUUCUAUGCAUGCGGAAUGACACGCACACAAGUUUUAUGGCUUCAUAUAGCAGAGGAUGUGAAACAGACUUCAUUGGUGCUCUCUGAACAAAGUUAAAUAAAAGCUGAAGACAUAACCCAGUUAUUUUGUUUGCUUGUGUUAUAUAUAUAUUGUGUUUGGCUCUAAUAACUGAGCAAAUACAAGGAUGGGAUCAAUUCGAUUCAAUUUUUUUCAAUUGCUUUUUCUUGCUUGAGUCAGUUUCCUUUCUUUUUACAGUUCUUAUGAUGGAAAGGCUUCUGUUUUCAGAAAAAAUACACAUACUAUACACAAACAAGUCUAACAAAUAUAGAUGUAUAGAUAUAUGGGUCAUAAACACCACCUCCUUUUAAAAAACAGUUGGGUUAAACUAUAUAAUUAAAAUAUGCAUCAAAGAAAUGCUUCAUUUUUAUGCCAACUUUAGUUUUCUGAUAAUCUGUUAUCAAAUGGAUGAUUCAGGCUCCUGCAGCAUGCUUCACCGGGUUACCAAAGAGGAGGAGGAGCCCUGAGAGAUGAUGAACACUGACUCAAGAGUCCUUGAACUCUUAUGUGUUUGCGUCAAACCAGCUCAAGAAUCUGUCCUGCGGUGUACUGUAAAUGGUCUGGGAUAUAUAGCUUCCUGUCUUGUCUUCCAACCCACUUAAACAACCAUCAGUAUUAACGAAUCCUGUUCACAUACUGCUUGGUGUAACCCGUGGAGGCGGUUUUGGGGUCAACUGUCUAAGGAGACUGAGCCACAGCGGUCCCUUAAAUGUGAAAACCAGAGGAAACUUGAAGUCUUAUCUGUAACUUUGGUUCACAGAAGCAGAGGGAUGUCAGGCAGAUUGCUUCUGUGCAUGCUUUAGCUCCUCUGACAACAUGUCAGCGCUCAUCGAGGUGGUUUUGUUAGCCAAACAUCUCACUGCAGAAGGAGCAUGGAGCAGAGUCCGUUGGGUGUGCAGUCAGUGGUACAGACACAUUAGAACACAAAGUACAUAAUUGUACAGACGCACACACUGGACCCUGGCUGCCCUCACUUUCUGCAAAUGUUUCUUUUAAUGGACAUCUUUGCACAGAGGUUGUCUCUCACACGCGCCUGCACACACACACACACUCCUUUCUUGUCAGGCUGUGUGUAAGACAAAUGCCAAAACUGCUGGAGUCUUUUCCAACAGAGAACAGAAGAGGAAGUACAUAUAUAUAUACUUGACCCUUUUUCAACUUUUCAACUUUGCAGAUAGUUUUCAGCAGUAUAGCGCACCCGGUGAUUAUGGUUUUUCUGUGUAUGCUUACUGUAGGAAUGAAGGCAGGUUCCUAUGAUGACUCUGUAAGCAUGUCAACAGCUCAGCGGAUGACGCAUGUAUUCCCUGUCUUAAUUUAAGCCUUUUUACAGGAAGCACUCAGUUAAUUUUGGAACAUUAAAAGGGAAUACAUGACUGUGAAUUCUCCGGAGGGCAACAAAAUGUUGCUCCAGGCUUACUGACGUCAACAAACACUCUCUUAAAAGUGUUACAGUUCCAUAUUUUUUAAUUUAGCUUCAGGGUUACACACGGAGGAGUCGAAGAAUUUUCUGCAAAGAACUGGUUGAAACAAGCUAUCUGUACAAUAAAUGGAAAAUCUGACGCUUCUUACAGCUUUUUCCUCUGCCCAGCAAAGUCUAAAAAGCAGAAAAACCAGUAUUCAUUUAUGCUCAUUAUGUAUAAGCAAACAAGCUGUCAUAAGCAAUCUGAUCUAGACUAUGUUGAGCAUUUAAAUAUCCUCCCUUUGUCUUAUUAAGCCUCCAAAACACCUGGUCCGUUACAGCCAGUAUAAGCGUUUUUGAGGUAGCUUAAGGUUAUUUAAAAAGGGUCUUACUGGAGGCUGUAGGAUUAUAAAAAAAAAUGUGGCCUUCACCCCUUUUAUCCUCCAGCAGCUGGAGAAUCCAGACGUUAAACCAGUUGGAGGGGUUGGCCAGUAUAAAGAACGACUGCAGUGAUAGCAAGGACUGUUAUCUUGAUGUCUGGAAAGACAGUUUAACUGGCAGGCACAAUUGCUGCAAAAACAAGAUUAAUCUACUUUUAUGGACACAGAAGGGGUAAUGGGAGACCAACAGAACUUUUUCACUUUUAACACGGCAAUUACCUUCAAAAUGGCUGAUUACAAUCAGCUCAGAGGUCAGUGCUGUCAAAAUAUUAACUCUAGCAUGACUCUACUUGGGCAUUCAUACGCAGAAAUUGCACUCAGAUCAUUCUGAGCUGGUCAAAUUUCCCACAAACCAGAGUCUGCAAAGAGUCCAGCAGACCUCACACAAUCCAUAAGACCCCACACCUUUCGCCAAUACCUCUCGCAAAUCAUCGACUCGAAUGUCCACAUGAGAAAGUGGGAAGUAGAGGGGGAUAGCUGGCUGUGUAUGUAUAUGUAAGUGUGUGUGUGGCAAAUCCCUCUAAUAGCAAUAGGCCUCUCCAGUGCGUCACUUAGUAUUUGAAACACCAUCAAUUUCCAGUUGAAUAGUUUCCUGAGGAAAUACUCAUUCAAGUGCUGGCAGGGAGCCUCAGUCUGCUCUGAAGUUUUCCCAUACUCUCUCUCUCACACACACACAUUAUAUCUCUUUUACGACUCUGAUAUUCUCUGUCCUCACACGCCUUUUGCCAAAAUAUUUCAAAUCAAAAACCUUCUUUGUACUUCUUUCAUCACCUAUCAAAAGCAGACUUAAUACUGUUGAUAUAUUAUAAUAUAUAUGUAAUACAGUGACAAUUAUCAGGUAACAGUGACAAACAUUAAUCCGUUUUCUGCAUUUAGGUGGCAAUAGUCAGAUCAGAACGAACGUUAACUGCUAAAAAUUUGGAAAUAAGACGUGAACUUGUACUCUGCGCUGUGAACCAGAACAUGUCCGUCUGAGGUCGUUGAACCGAAACUGCUUUAGUUAGUUCCUGAACAAAUCAGCAUUUUUUCCUCUAUUUAUCCACUGGCAUGAAAUUAAAAACAAUAACAGCGUCCAUUUUGGACUCCAACAAUGCAGUGAUUGUAGGAAAACAGCCUCGGGGCUAGCACACAUGAUCUCUAAAGGACGAGUCAGGAGCAUACAAUUAUAUUGAUUAAAUUUGAAAAGAACAAAAUAGUCAGAAAACAAAAGAAAAACCAUCUACGGUGGACGUAAUUUCAUAAAUGACAGACUGAAUGUCUAAUUUUACACUGAUUUGUACCAUAUUUACAUCAAAUCAAAUUUUGGGUUUUGGAAAACCUUGCCCAUUGUUUUUCUUUUUAUAUCAUCCACUGUGUUGGACUGGGAGGUUAUAAUUUAAACUUGUUAUGAUACUUUUUCUUAUUUCCUAAAUACCUUCAGCCCUCAUAACCAAAUCCUCUUCCUCUGUCGUUCCUUCUCUUGUUCCCCAGGAGAGCCAGGAGAAGCUGGGCUCAAAGGAGAGGUGGGCCAAAUGGGAAAAAUGGGGCCUGCUGGAGACAAAGGUGUGACAUUUUUAAUAUUGUUAUCCAUCAUUUUAAAUGUGCUUUAAAACAAUAAUCCUGUAUGUCUCUUUUUAUAUGAUGUCCUUUUUUGAUGCAGAAAGUUUGAUGCAACACUGUCAAAAAAAAAAACAGGCCCAAUCAGUUAUAAUAAGCGUUGCCUCUAACAACCCAAUUUCAAAAAUAGUAAAAUGUAAAAAUGUAUUUUCACAUCAUAGUAACCCAUAUUUAAAUAAAAACAUUGCAAAAUCAACAUAUGAAAUGUUAAAACUUAAAAAUUGACAAUGAAUAAAAUUUUGUGCUCACUUUAAAUUUGAUGUUUCAAAAUGGUCGGGACAGAAACAACAAAAAUCUGAACUGACUGACUCAUGUUUUUAGCACCUCAAUACCAUAAGUUCUGAGACCUAGUGUUACAUGUUCAUAAAAACAGAUAUAUAGGUUUGAGUGACGUACAAACCAUAAAAAUCUGUUUUAAAGUGGUGCAAAAAUAACGUACUGCGUCUAUAUGCUGGAAUAACAUUUUAAGUGUCAUGCCUGCAUUAUAAGUUGACUUGCUUCACCUGCUCCUUAAACAACACUUUGUAAACAUUUGGUAAGAGGAGGACAGUUCCUGGUUUUUAAAAGGGAAAUGUUGUCCAAUUUUUGUUGGAUAUUCCCAGGGUUUCUUUUGUGUCAUGAUGCACCGGAUGUAGUGGUUUACUCAUCAUCUGGACUACAGGCAGGCUGAUUCAACACCUUGACCCUUUUACCAUGAAGCCAUGCUUUUGUAAUGAUAGCAGGAUGUGGUGCGGCAUUGUCCUGCUAACAUUGCAAGGUCUUUCCUGAAAAAGGGCGUUAUCUGGAUAGCAUCAUAUGUUGAUCCAAAACCUCUACACUACUAUCAUGAAAGGUCCUUUCACAGAUGUAUUUACUACUUAUGCCAUGAGUACUUUUACAUGCCUUCUUUACUUUUGCUGAUGCUGGCUUUUGAAGUGUGCUGAUGAAAAGCCAGGUGAUCCUUCUUCUUCUUAGAGGCAAUGAUGGUGCGCCCCUGGUUUCCAAAAAGAAUGUCGAGUUUGAUUUGUAAGGCCCAUAGAAGUCUCCGAUGUUUCUUGAACCAGGAUUUUAAAUGUUUUGUCUUUGUAUGAUACAGCUUUAACUUGUAUUUGCCAAUGCAACAACAAACCGUGUCCACUGGAAAUUGUUUUUGGGAGUAAUUUUGGGUCCAAACAAUAGAAUCAUGUCUGUUUCUAAUACAGCACUGCUUAAUGGCCCUGAAAUCAAAACCAUCUGGUGUUUGUUUGGGUUUUUGUCUAUUUUGUACAAAGAUUUUACCAGAAUCUUGAAAUCUAUUAUUAAUAUCACGUAUUGUAGAUGAUAAAAGAUCCAGUUUUAUGUCUCUAACACUUUUCUGGAGUCCAUGAAGUAUUUCUUCACCUGAUUACUCACACCAUUGUAAAGUUAUUCCCAUUUUCACUGGAAAAAGUCUAAACAUUAAACAUUUUCCUCUGUAUCCCAGCUCUUUUGGUAUAAGGGUUGUAAUUAUAAACACUGGAUAAAGCUUAAACGAAUUAGAGAAAAAAGAGAUUUCAGUAUCUAUGUACUUUAUUUUUUAACAAAAUUCUGAUGAAAAAUUUGAAGUUUGUAGGUUUUACUUGGUCAAUUUACAAAAAUUCUCAUAACUCAAUGAUAACAGACAACCAAUGGCAGAGAAAAGAAAAUGCAGCCUUGAGGUUCUACAGGACCUUAAUGUCUUUAUAAUAGCCUGAAAGAAGAAAUAUAGUUUCCUGAGCUCCUCCUGAGCAUGGGUAGCAGGGCCAUAACCACAGACUGAAAACAUUUUAAUAAGAAGAGUGGACAUUUUUUACCCAAAUCAGGAAACCUAAUUAGUCUCAAGACUAACACACACAAGAUGGAACAGCUACAAGCCAGAAAAUGUUUCCCUUUCAAAAAAUCCUGCAUAUUAUUAUGCAGAAAGUUAUUAUAUACAAAGACAGCACAGAUAUGAUAAUCAGGAUGAUCUCAUGCAUUUGUUCUAUUUUUAUUUUUAGGAUUAGUUAUGUUCCCCGUGUCUUUUUUUCACCAUUUGUUUUCGCCAGUAUUCAUUAUGUUUAAUGCACUUACAGGAAAGUAGCUGCACAUCAGCCAUCUUAGGCAACUGAGUGAGGUCAUAGGUUUGGAUUUUUCUUGAUCCUGGGCGCCUGCAGCUCAUAAAACACCUGGAAAAAAACACAGUAUUAGGCAAUGAGGGCUCUAGCAGGAUCACAAACAAUACUACUCACUUCAUCUUUUAGAGAAAUGUUAUCAUUCUGAUGGCCCACUUACAAAAAAAACUUUGUUUUCACAUCUUCACAACCAAAAUUGGUCUGCGUUCAAUAUAUAAUGAGGGGGUAUUAAGGGAUAUUUGCAUGUAUCCUUUGUGUCUGCUCUAACUAUAUGCAGACGUGCCCAUUAGGGUAAGUGAAGAGCCUGUCCUCAAGCAAUGCAGCAGGGCUGUUUAAGGUGAAUUGUUACACUGACCGUGUAUGCAUACUGCAUAUCUGCUGUCUGUUUAUUAUAGUACUCUGUAAAGCUCCUUAGCUGACAGCAGGAUAAUGAGAGUAGUGUGGUGCCAUAGAUAGUCUUACUCACUUACUCAUUACAGUUGUGUUAUUUAGUCAGUGUUUUCAAUCUGUAACUAUGAAUUACAUCUAGAUCAUAACAAACAGUCAGGUGUGUCAAAGAGAACAGGUACAAUAAGUCACUGUUCGGGCUGUUCCUCAUAUAAAACAGACCUGUUGUGAUGUUUGAACUGUAGCCCACUUCCCCAAAAGCUGCAACUGCCAUUCCCUCAGUAAAGCUUAGGUAUUGAUAAAUAGCAUCUGGACUACAUGUAAACACAGGGCACUGUAAAUCAAAAACACUUGUACUGUCAUGUCAAGGUCCAUGUAGGAAAACUAAAUGUAGUUGUUUAGUAUGUUACAUUUUGACUCAAGUUUAUCUGUGUGCAGACAUAGUUGAGAUGUUUUAUGUAUGAUGCAGCCAUCUUGUGGUGGUCCUACAGAACUACAUAACCAUAACAUUUGAGUAAGUUUGAUAUGUAUACAGCCAUUGAGCUUACUGUAAUAUUGAUAUGUAAUUUUAGUAUUUUUUUUUUAAAAGGGAGAAGGGGUGAAAAUAUGAUCGCGUGACCAAUCUCAGAAAUGCACAGUAUUCACACAUGGGAUUUCUCCUGCAGGUGACAAGGGUGACACAGGUUGGGAAGGGCCCAGUGGAUUAAAAGGGAAACAAGGUGAGUAAGUCUGUACAUUUCUUUUUCCAAAUCCUGUAAGACAAUACCCACCAUUCUGCUCCUCUAAGCCCAUUAUAGUGUUUUUACAGAAAUUUUACAUUCACAAAUAAACCACCUGGACAGAAAGCGUGACAGUAUUUUCCUAAAAUUUUAGAAAUCAGUCUUGUUAGUGGGUGUGAGUGGGUAAAUACAGAGUUGAGCAAGUCACUUACUUCAGUAAGAAAAUAAAAAUGUAGCUCUGAUGGAAUUACACUAGACAUGUUUGCACAAAUUCCCUGCUGGUGAAAUACAUCAAAUUAGCAUAAGAAAAUACUCAUCUGUCAGUGAGCAUUAAGGUGGUGGUGUUCAUUUUUGUUUGGCCAUGCAAUCCAGCAUACUAUGAAAAUGAUGUAAAAGUGUCUCUCAACUACAAGUGUGUAUUAGGUGCCAAGUCUUUCAUACAGCAGUUCCCUAAUUCAAUGGCAAUGCAGCCCCCAACCUCAGUCAACAGUGUGAAAGCAGACGGUCCAAAGACAGGGUGUUCUGACUGCCUAGUUUUUAUUAAAAAAAAACUUGUACAGAAAACAACAUGAAAUAAGUCUGUGUUUUUGAGUUUUUAUUAGCUGUUAUUUGUUUACUCCAUCAGGCACAACUUGUGACUGCGGCAGGUACAGGAAGGUGGUUGGACAGUUGGAUGUCAAUGUAGGCAAGCUGAGGAACGCUGUCAAGUUUGUGAAGAAUGGUGAGUGAAGCAUAAACAGGGAAGCGUUAAAUGACAAUUGCAAGUUAAGUAACGUUUUCCGUAUUUUUUAGUCCUUCAGUUUCUGUGGCCCUUACUCAUCAUUUGUCGGACAACUUAUUCACCUUUUAUUUAAUCAUAUGUGGAGAAUCUUGACAAUCAGUUUGUUUACAUGCACAGUUAAGUCAAGCUACAGUCAAGCUACAGGCGAUUUAACUCGACUACAGUCCUUGUCCUAGUUUACAAGCACCAGGCAAAAAAUGUAGACCCGUUUUACUCAGAUUGAAAUUUUGGAUGAGAAGUUAAUCCCACACCACUAUUUCAGAUAUGUUAGUCUGACUAUGAGAGGUUUGAGUUAAGUGUGAUUUCAGGCAGACUAAUGUGUUUACAUGUUUUUUAUAAGUUCAGUUUCAGUCAGGCCAAGGCAAUAAACCAACAUUUUUGAACAGCAUGUGCACACAUUAACUUGGCUUUCCUUUGUAUCAUGUUUUGAACUCUUACUAGGUUUUUGAUCCAACAAACUGGUCUGACAUAGUUGCUCUGGCAUGCAAACCGUUAUCCCUUUCAAUUAUGAUGCCACUUCUGAGCCCCAACAGUCCAAACGGCCGACAAACGGCCAAGUUCAAUAGGUACAAAAUCCCAAGCAAUGCCUAUCCUACUCAAGGGUCAAUGGCACAACACACUAACCAAAGCUUUUCUUUUCUACUUUUAAACAACAGUUUUAUUGAUAACUUUAUCUUUUGCAGUCCUCCUGGGUUUGAGAGAAACAGAGGAGCAAUACUAUCUGCUGGUGAAGGAGUCCAAGAAGUUCAGAGAAGCUUCAAUGAACUGUAAACUAAGAGGAGGCAGCCUGGCAAUGCCAAAAACCAGCAACACCAACCGCCUAAUGGCAGACUAUGUCAGCCAGGCAGGACUGACGGGGGUUUACAUUGGAGUACAAGCCCAAAACAUGGACACAGUAAGUAGUCUUCAUCUUUUGUUGUUGUUGUUGUCACUAUUUUCUAAAGUAGGAAGGGUAUCGAAAGCCACAUUGAUCUGAAACUUGAUCCUUGUUUUUAAAAGAGUUCCAACUUUUGAAUAACUUUUGAAUUUAUUCCGUUUUUUAACGUCAGAAUGGAACAGACAGUUAUGUGUAUGCAGACUCCAGCCCUCUGCAGGGUUUUGCUGCUUGGAGCCAAGAGAUGGAGCUAAACUCCAGAGUAUCUCCCUCCACAAACUCAAGCUGUGUGGGGUUGCUCAGCACUGGAACAUGGGCCCAUGUGGAGUGUGAAGCCACCAUGUUUUUCAUCUGCGAGUUCUCAAAGAGCAGCAGAAGAGGAGGAGGCGGAGGAAGAGAGAUGACUACCUCUGCAACAUCAUGAGUUCAUGAGAAUCUCAGGCUUGGAAGCAAUAUUUUAGUUUAUGCUAACGUGGAAAUGUAUGUGAUGAAAGAGCAACUGAAAUAUUAAAAUAAAGUGUGCCUGCAUAACCAUAAA